AUGGAGGCUCAGAGACAGGAGGCGUUCAGGAAGCUUCGCCCUGCAUGCGUUGAGCUUAGCUCCGCCGCUCUAAGCUUUCGUACACGCCAGAACCAACCUCGUGAUGUUCAAAGAGCACUAGAAGGCUUGUACGCUGUACUGGAGCCUUUGGGAAGUGCGGAUGCCCUGGAUGUAAAACUGGCCGAAUAUGUUUUCUUUCCCCUUUCGCAAGUGUUCAAUCAAGCACAGGCACUGCCCCAGGGAUGUCUAGAGAUCGCAGUCAAGUGCAUUACGGUCCUCGUCGCGAAGGGAUGGAGAUCUCAGUUGGCCCCCGAGAUGGGGAAACAAUUGCUCAUUCUCAUGACCAUUUUGGUAGGCGGCACUCCGGCCCAGAAUCGGGGGCAAGCAACCUUGAAACCCGAGUCGGAAGAACUUUCAGUUGCAAGCUUUGUCUGCAUGGAUUCUAUAUUCCAAAUGCUCCAAGGGCCAGUCGCUGAAAAGACCAUCUUCAAUGAGAUUGGCUCUGCUACUAUCAUCGAUCAAACCGUCUAUCUGCUUUUGGAAGGCAUAUCGGAAGGUGCUUCGGCUGCCGUUCAAAUAUCAGCACUAUCUGCACUUCAACCUCUUUUCAGCCGGGUCACUGAUAGGGUCAUUCUGGCAAGUAUAAUGCCUCGUGUCGUUUCAGCUUUGACGAAGGUUGUGAUACCCACCACCAAGACCCGGAGAAGCUUCAAAGUUUUAGAGGGAUCUCUUCAGUUGCUAGAAAGUAUUCUCAAGGCUGUCCUCAAUGAUGAAGCUGUGUAUGGAGAACAACAAAAACAAAAUAAAGAUGAAUCAAGCGACAAGAUAGUCCUUGAUGAAGCAUGGCUCAAAGCAACAGCCGGACAAAUCAAGCUCGCUCUGGCAAAUGUCAUUCGAAUCAGACAGCACGAUAGACAAGCAGUACGCGAUGCUCUUCUUAAUCUCUGUUUGAUGAUAAUUGAAGAAUGUCCCAAGUCAUUGAAGGAAUCUCUACCUCUCAUAGUGGAGACCAUGGUGGUGCUCUCAGAUGUUGACGAUGAAAAUGUUCCAAAUAAUGCCUAUAAUUCAUUACUCCAUCUGGCUACGGUACAGAGUCUGACUGUGGACAUUCUCAAGGACCUACUUCAAAUAUGGACGACUUCAUUUCAAAGGAUCAUGCAAAGCAGUGACGAAGCUGCCAAACAGAGGGCUAUCAAACAAAUCACCAUCGCUUUUCAAAUCCUCUCGCAAGUGCAAUCGAGCUCGGCUUUGCUGGAAAGCAACGUCGCGCUUGGACUUUGUGAUAGUCUUGCGGCAAUAGUUCAGUCAUCGAAAUCCGUGCCCAUGCCUGUGACUUCAUCUUCAGUAGGUGGUCUAGAGCUUGCUGUUAUAGGCAAACAAAACACCUCACAGACAUUCCCUCCAGUGCUUCUCGAACACCGCAGUCAGCAGCAGACACUAACAGAUAUGACAUCUAUGGUCACAAGGCUCAACCGCACACAGUCGGGUGAGACUAUUACGAGAUAUAUUAUCAAUCAGGUUCAUCAGGCUGCGGGUGAUACCAUAGUUGCGCCCUUGUGGCUGGCCUUGCAAUUUCUGCGAUCUGAAGGAUCGAAUGGCAUCGACGAAUUUCUCACCUUUGAUACCUCGGCUACCCUCUCGUCUCGGGCAACCAUGAUCGAGGAACUAUAUUCAGUCGCACUUCCAACUUUAAAUGAGCCACCAUCAACUGACCCACGGGACUGGAGGGUCUCGGCACUUUCAUUAGAGAUUGUAGCUUUGCAAGCCCAACAACUCAAAGAAGAUUUUCGCCCAGAAUUGAUAGAUGCAUUAUAUCCCGUGCUACAAUUCCUUGCGUCUAACAACCCUAAUCUACAGACUCAUGCUAUGGCUUGUUUGAACAUCAUCACACAAUCCUGCAAUUAUCCGGAUACACGCACAAUGUUGAUUGAAAACGUUGACUAUCUCGUCAAUGCAGUGGCGCUCAAGCUCAACACAUUUGACGUCUCGCCGUAUCCUCCACAAGUUCUUUUGAUGAUGGUCAAGCUGUCUGGAGCUGGUCUUAUACCAUAUCUAGACGAUCUUGUAAGCUCCAUUUUCGGCAUUCUUGACAUGUAUCACGGAUAUCCUAAGCUCGUCGAAUUGCUUUACUCGAGUCUUGCUGCGAUUGUCGAAGAGGGUACCCGGACCCCAGAAUUGCUGUCGAUUACUGCAGACGGUCAAGAAAMCCUUAUGGAACACAAAAMCCAGGCAUASGAGCCAUUAUCAGUCGCAGAAUUGGUGAAUAAUAUUGCUCAUAGACGAGCCAAACGAGUACGUAUCGAAGAAAUCGACAGCAAGCUAGAUGAAGAACGACUCCCACACCCUCAACGUCCAUGGACACGCGAACAAGACGGACCUCCACUUCCCAAACAAGACGACGACAAAAACAUCGAAGAACUUCUCAAUGAGACCAUCAACCCUCUAGACGAGCCUGACGAAUCUCUCCCUCCACCAAAAGAUCCCGAAGACGCCCCCAAGCCUCUCAGCAAAUCACACAAUUUACUCUUACAGAUAGUAAAAUCCAUACCUCCGCACCUUGGCUCACCAUCCCCCUUCUUGAGGCGAUCACUCCUAUCCCUUCUCAACCAGGCUUUUCCCGUCUUGUCCAAAAMCCAAGCCAGUUUCCUGCCACUCAUCAAUGAACUAUGGCCGCCAGUGAGUUCACGAAUUGCGCCCCCCUCCACAGCAAGCUCGACACCCGUCUACCUUACAACAUCUUCAACGACAACUUCCUCUUCAACGGAUAUUGUCUCUAGAACAUCUAAACCAGAAGAUGACAGUAUAAUCAAAGAAGAAACCUUCGUCACCGCCGCUGCCUGUGACGUCGUGACAAACAUGUGCGAACUAGCAGGCGACUUCAUGGCCUCGCGCGUAGCCAGCGAAUACCCACGCUGGCGCCGCCUAUACCUCGACAACUGGAAAAAGGUCCUCGUCGACGCAGAACGGAGCCUUGACCGUCAAACCCGACGAACACAGAAGUUGAAGGACACAUCAUUAGCGGUGUUCAAAACCACAAUUCCGGACCUGAGUUUGUCGAGUAGUACCGCUCGCUCGUUUACGCAGCACCAUAUCCUCUGGCGCUCACUGCUCACUCUAUUCGUGAAUGUGCUUGCCCACGUUCGAAUUCCAUUAUCUAUCGGCGACGAACUCUGUGAUUCCAUCGGGGGCUGGAUCAUGAAAUUUGUCGGAUCGAAAUACUACUUUCAUUUCUAUGAUAAACGUACAUCAUCACCCCCGAGGCAACAAGCUAUCCAACAACUCUCUGACAAAGCCGACAAAGGUGAAGAGGAUAUGCACCUCGUCAACAGGGCGAUACAAGCCAUGGAGGCAUGGAAUAAGGAUUUGACGUGGUUUAUAUUCUGGCAGGGGCUGAUCUCGGAACGUUCUUCUGCAGCAACAUCUACACCAUCUUCCACUUCUGAUUCGACCAGUGGGCGUUGGCAAUUACCGCACGAACUGCAACGGUUUAAUGAUAAUGCCAGUAAGAGCGGAAGAUGGAAGUUUGCAUCUGUGGAAGUUGUAUAG